AGGAGAGGAGGAGGGAGGUGGGCUGCCAGUGGGAGAGUCCAGAGGAGGAGAGGAGGGAGGUGGGCUGCCAGAGCGAGUCAGCAGAGAGGAGAGACGCCGCCGUCCAGGUGGACCUGCUGAGCCAGCAGCUCAGCUGGAGACACUCAGGUGUGUGCGGCGUGGCCUGGCAGUGUGUCUCUGUCAGAGCGGAUGAACCAGGAGGGGGCGCUCUGCUGCAGCACUGCAGCUCACACAGGCCGGACGCUCACCACGGCGCCCCCCUCUACCUGCUCUGCUCCCACCACGGACACACGCCGCUACCCACAAUGCCUCAGUACGGACCACCUGCGCCUCCGGACCUCCUACAGACCGCCUCGCCACCCAGCAUGCCUCUGUGCGGCGUGUCCCCCAGUGCAGGCAGCUGUGAAGCUCCUCCCCCUGGACUCAUCGCUCCUCUGAGCGAGGAGGAUGAGGAGGAGGAGGAAGGCUCGUUCAAACAUGAGAAGAAUGAGCGUCUCCGUGGUAACAGACGGCCCACAAUAACGACGGACGGGCAGAAGAAGAAGAGGAGGACCAAACACAUCGCAGGAAGAGUCCAGCCCAGGAGGAAGAGUCCCGGCAGCACCGCCCGCCGACAGAGGGAGAUGGACGAUAAAUCGCAGCCUGACCGUCGUCAGGCUGUCGUCCAAUCAGAAGGCAUACCUUCAAAAGGCAACCGCAAGACGCAACGAGGAGAGACACGAAUCCAACGCACCCAGAAAAUGAUUGUGAAGAAGAAGAAGGAGGAAGGAGGAAAGAAGGGGAGGUGUAAGCAGGAGCAGAGGGAGGACGAGUCAACGGUGGAGGAACGAGUCAGACCUGUGAAGAGGGACGUGGCGGUUAGGCCGAGGAGGAAGGCGGUCGGUCCACCCAUCAGAUACCUCAUCGAGUUCGAGGAGCGGUCACGUGGCCCGUUGGCGACCAAUCACAGCAAAGCAAUGGGAGCCAAAGCUGAAAGGAAGCUGAGGUUGGAGCAUCAAGAGGACGAGGAGACGAGAGAUGGGGUGGAGCGAACAGAGCCGACAGACAGCAGCAGGGUGGAGUCCCCUCAGGACGGAGGAGGCGGAGGGUGGCAGCUCUGUCAGGUGUGUGGUCUGACCUUUACCUGUCGGUCGGCGCUGCAGCUCCACCUGUCUGUCCACAGAGCAGGACGCCACCUCAGCUGCCAACCCUGCAACAAGAAGUUCAGCUGCGCCAGCACCCUGCAUCUGCACCAUCGCCGCCAUCACCAUGAAGGUUGGGCGGCAUCCGGUUGCACCCGAGCAGCUGAUGACAAACAGGAAGAUGAGGUCCUUCCACGUCCCAGCAAGGCUCAUGAUUGGUCAAGAUGCAGAAAGCGUGCGCGAAGAAAUCCCUGGUGGUGGGUCGACUACCAGACCACCAUAAGGAGGAGACAGCAGGAGCGAGAUGGAGCAAGGGGGAGGAAGAGGUGUAGAGAAGAGGUGGAGGUGGUGAAACGAGUCUGUCUGAAGGAGGAGGGAGGAGGAGAGGAAGGACAAGUAAAGGAGAACAAGGUGGAGGUGACACAAGUCUGUCUGAAGGAGGAGGAGGAGGAGGGAUGGACAAAAGGAGGUGGUGGAGCAACCUCAGAGGCUGAGGAGGAUGAUGGUAGGCCCACCAAUCAGAUAUCUCCUGGAGUCAGAGGGACAGUCACAUGGUCCAGGAACAGCCAAUCAGGACAGAGGGUGGGAAUUUAA